CCUUAAGGUCUCCAGAACUCAUCACGUUUGAUGGCUGAGGUAGCUCCUUCUAGAAGUUUCCUUUUCUAUGCUGUCUCUCCGCCUCGCCGCCUAGUCCUCACUCCAUGCCCUUUGAAGUCAUUAGCGUGUGAGCUUAACCUGUUUCUCUUUGGUGUUCUCUAGGCAGUUUUUUUUUUUGUUUGUUUUUGUUUUGAUGGAGUCUUGCGCUGUCACCCAGACUGGAGUGCAGUGGAGCCAUCUCAGCUCACUGCAGCCUCUGCCUCCUGGGUUCAAGCGAUUCUCCUGCCUCAGCUACAGGAACUUUAUCCAUGGCCACAUCCAUCUCUCAAGUGCCCUUCCCCAGGGCAGAAGCAGCCAGCGCUGCCCUCAGCAAUUCUCCACACUCCAGAGACCUGGCUGGGUGGCCACUUGGUGUCCCCCAGCUCACCUCUCCUGCUCCUGGCCACAGGGAAAAUGCACCUGUGACGCUCACUACCUCCCCCCAUGACACACUCAUCUCUGAAACAUUGCUCACCUCUCCAGUCAGUUCCAACACCUCAACCACCCCAACGUCCAAGUUUGCCUUCAAGGUUGAAACCACUCCACCCACUGUGUUGGUCUAUUCAGCCACCACUGAGUGCGUGUAUCCAACGAGCUUUAUAAUCACCAUCUCCCACCCCACCUCCAUCUGUGUGACCACGACACAGGUGGCCUUCACCAGCUCUUACACCCCCACUCCCGUGACACAGAAGCCAGUGACCACCGUCACCAGGACUUACCCUAUGACCUCUACUGAGAAAGGAACGUCAGCCGUGACAUCUUCUCCCUCUACCACCACUGCAAGGGAAACUCCCAUAGUGACAGUGACACCCUCCUCCUCUGUGUCAGCCACAGACACAACUUUCCACACUACAAUCUCCUCUACAACUAGAACCACAGAAAGGACUCCCCUGCCCACUGGAAGCAUCCAUACGACCAUGUCCCAAACCCCAGUAUUUACUACUCUCAAAACAGCAGUGACUUCAACUUUCCCCAUCACUUCCACCAUCACUUCCACAAAUACAGUGACUUCUAUGACAACGACCGCCUCCCAGCCCACAGCCACUAAUACAUUGUCAUCACGCACCAGUACCAUUUUAUCUUCCACACCCGUCCUGAGCACAGAAACAAUCACCAGUGGUAUCACAAACACCACCCCUCUAUCUACCUUGGUGACCACACUCCCCACUACCAUCACCAGGUCUACACCUACAUCUGAGACCACCUACCCUACUUCUCCCACCAGCACUGUCACAGACUCCACUACCAAAAUCACCUACUCCACAAGUAUGACAGGUACAUUGUCCACAGAGACUUCUCUCCCACCCGCCUCUUCCUCUCUCCCAACCACAGAAACAGCCACGACUCCUAUGACAAACUUGGUAACCGCCACCACUGAGAUUGCCUCCCACAGUACUCCCACCUUCUCUUCUUCAACCAUCUACUCCACAGUCAGCACAUCCACAACUGCCAUCUCCUCACUUUCCCCUACCUCAGGUACCAUAGUGACUUCCACAACCAUGACCCCAUCUUCUCUGAGUACAGGCAUCCCUUCGACAACACCAACAACUAUCACCCACCAUUCUGUGGGCUCUACCGGUUUCCUGACUAUAGCAACAGACCUCACAUCAACAUUCACUGUUUCCAGUUCCUCAGCAAUGUCCACGAGUGUCACUCCAUCUUCCCCCAGCAUCCACAAUACAGACACCUCAUCCCUUGUCAGCAUGACCUCUGCCACUACUCCCAGUGGGAGACCAACUUUUGCAAGUACACACAGCACUCCUACAAGUUCCCUUCUGACGACCUUCCCAGCAACAUAUUCAUUUCCACCUUCCAUGUCUGCCAGCAGUGCCAGGACCACUCACACAGAGAGUAUCUCCUCACCUCCAGCCAGCACCAGUACACUCCACACAACAGCUGAAUCCACCCCGUCGCCCACUACCACCACCUCAUUCACCACAUCCACAACUAUGGAACCACCUUCAACCACUAUAGCAACUACAGAAACAGGUGAGACCACCUUCACCAGUUCUACAGCCACAUUCCCUGAGACCACUACACUGACUCCUACAACUGACAUGUCCACAGAAUCUCUCACAACAGCUAUGACUUCUCCUCCCAUCACUUUAUCAGUCACUUCCACAAAUACAGUGACUUCUAUGACAACUACGACCUCUCCUCCCACAACCACCAAUUCUUUUACAUCACUGACCAGUAUGACUCUGUCUUCUACACCUGUCCCAAGCACAGAAGCAAUCAGCAGUGGCACCACAAACACAAUCCCUCCAUCUAUCUUGGUGACCACACUCCCCACUCCAAAUGCCUCAUCUGUGACUACAUCUGAGACCACCUAUCCUAAUUCUCCGACUGGUCCUGGUACAAACUCCAUGACCAAAAUCACCUAUCCCACCACUGUGACAGAGGCAUCAUCCACUGCCACCUCUCUUCCACCCACCUCUCCCUUGGUCUCAACCGCAGAAACAGCCAAAACUCUUACCACAAACUUGGUAACCACCACCACCAAGGCCACCUCACAUAGUACCACCAGCUUCACUUCUUCAACCAUCUACUCCACAGCCAGCACAUACACAACUGCCAUCACCUCAGUUCCCACUACCUUCGGUACCAUGGUGACUUCUACAUCCAUGAUCCCAUCUCCUCUGAGUACAGGUAUCCCUACCUCACAACCAACAACCAUCACUCCCUCAUCCGUGGGCAUCACUGGUUCAUUACCUAUGAUGACAGACCUCACCUCAGUGUACACAGUCUCCAGCAUGUCUGCAAGGCCAACAACUGUCGUUCCCUCAUCUCCCACUGUCCAGAAUACAGAAACCUCAUCCUUUGUCAGCAUGACCUCUGCCACCACUCCCAGUGGGAGGCCAACUUUUGCCAGUACACACAGCACUCUGACAAGUUCCCUCCUGACGACCUUCCCAGGGACAAAUUCAUUUUCGUCUUCCAUGUCUGCCAGCAGUGUCCGGACCACUCACACAGAGAGUAUCUCCUCACCUCCAGCCAUCACCAGUACACUCCACACAACAGCUGAAUCCACCCCAUCACCCACUACCACCACCUCAUUCACCACAUCCACAACGAUGGAACCACCUUCAUCCACUGUAUCAACUACGGGCACAGGUCAGACCACCUUCCCCAGCUCUACAGCCACAUUCCCUGAGACCACCACACUGACUCCUACAACUGACAUUUCUACAGAAUCUCUCACAACAACCACGACGUCUAUUCCUCCCAUCAGUUCUUCAAUCACUCCCACCAAUACAGUGACUACUAUGACAACUACGACCUCUUGGCCCACAGCCACUAAUACGUUAUCAUCACUCACCAGUAGCAUAUUAUCUUCUACAUCUGUCCCAAGCACAGAAAUGAUCACCAGUCAUACCACAAACACCACCCCUCUAUCCACCUUGGUGACUACACUCCUCACUACCAUCACCAGGUCUACACCUACAUCUGAGACCACCUACCCUACCUCUCCCACCAGCACUCUCUCAGACUCCACGACCCAAAUCACCUAUUCCACAAGUAUAACAGGUACAUUGUCCACCGCCACUUCUCUCCCACCCACCUCUUCCUUUCUCCCAACCACAGAAACAGCCACGACGAGUCCUACCACAACCUUGGUAACCACCAUCCCCGAUACCACCUCCCACACUACCCCCACCUUCACUUCUUCAACCAUCUACUCCACAGUCAGCACAUCCGCAACUGCCAUCUCCUCAGCCUCCACUAUCUCAGGUACCAUGGUGACUUCCACAACCAUGACCCCAUCUUCUCUGACGACAGACAUCCCUUCGACAACACCAACAACUAUCACCCAUCCUUCUGUGGGCUCUACUGUUUUCCUGACUACAGCAACAGACCUCACAUCAACAUUCACUGUUUCCAGUUCCUCAGCAAUGUCCACAAGUGUCACUCCAUCUUCCCCCAGCAUCCAGAAUACAGAAACCUCAUCCCUUGUCAGCAUGACUUCCGCCACUACUCCCAGUGGGAGACCAACUAUCACAAGUACUGACAGCACUCCAACAAGUUCCCUCCUGACGACCUCCCCAAGUACAUAUUCAUUUUCCUCUUCCAUGUCUGCCAGCAGUGCAGGGACCACUCACACAGAGAUUAUUUCCUCACUUCCAGCCAGCACCAGUACAAUCCACACAACAGCUGAAUCCACCCCGGCACCCACUGCCACCACCUCAUACACCACAUCCACAAUGAUCGAACCACCUUCAACCACUGUAGCAACUACAGGCACAGGUCAGACCACCUUCCCCAGCUCUACAGCCACAUUCCUUGAGACCACCACUGUGACUCCUACAACUGACAUUUCUACAGAAUCUCUCACAACAGCCAUGACUUCUGUUCCCCCCAUCAGUUCUUCAAUUACUUCCAGCAAUACAAUGACUUCUAUGACAACUAUGACCUCUUGGCCCACAGCCACUAAUACGUUAUCAUCACUCACCAGUAGCAUUUUAUCUUCUACACCUGUGCGAAGCACAGAGAUGACCACCAGUCAUACCACAAACACCAGUCCUGUAUCCACCUUGGUGACCACACUCCCCAUUACCAUCACCAGGUCUACACCUACAUCUGAGACUGCCUACCCUAGUUCUCCCACGAGCACUGUCACAGAGUCCACGACUGAAAUCACCUAUCCCACCACUAUAACAGAGACAUCAUCUACUGCUACCUCUCUUCCACCCACCUCUCCCUUGGUCUCAACCCUAGAAACCGCCAAAACUCCUACCACACACUUGGUAACCACCACCCCCAAGACCAACUCACAUAGUACCACCAGCUUCACUUCUUCAACCAUCUACUCCACAGCCAGCACACACACCACUGCCAUCACCUCAGUUCCCACUACCUUGGGUACCAUGGUGACUUCUACAUCCAUGAUCCCAUCUACUCUGAGUACAGGUAUCCCUACCUCACAACCAACAACUAUUACUCCCUCAUCCGUGGGCAUCACUGGUUCAUUACCUAUGAUGACAGACCUCACCUCAGUGUACACAGUCUCCAGCAUGUCUGCAAGGCCAACAACUGUCAUUCCCUCAUCUCCCACUGUCCAGCAUACAGAAACCUCAAUCUUUGUUAGCAUGACGUCUGCCACCACUCCCAGUGGAGGACCAACUUUCACAAGUACUGAGAACACUCCAACAAUGUCCCUCCUGACAAGCUUUCCAAUGACACAUUCAUUCUCUUCUUCUAUGUCCGAAAGUAGUACCUGGACCACUCACACAGAGAGUAUCUCCUCACCUCCAGGCACCACCAGUAUACUCCACACAACAGUUGAAUCCACCCCGUCACCCACUACCCCCACCUCAUUCACCACAUCCACAACGAUGGAACCACCUUCAACAUCUGUAGCAACUACAGGCACAGGUCAGACCACCUUCCCCAGCUCUACAGCCACAUUCCCUGAGACCACUACACUGACUCCUACAACUGACAUUUCUACAGAAUCUCUCACAACAGCCACGACUUUUACUCCUGCUAUCACUUAUUCAGUCACUCUCACCAAUACAGUGACUUCUAUGACAACUACAACUUCUUGGCCCACAGCCACUAAUACGUUAUCACUCACCAGUAGCAUUUUAUAUUCUACACCUGUCUUGAGCACAAAAACAAUCACCAGUCACGCCACCAAAACCGCCCCUCUAUCCACCUUGGUGACCACACUCCCCACUACCAUCACCAGGUCUACACCUAUAUCUGAGACCACCUACCUUACUUCUCCCCCUAGCACAGCCACAGACUCCACGAGCGACAUCACCUACCCCACAAGUAUGACAGGUACAUUGUUCACUGAGACUUCUCUCCCACCCACCUCUUCCUCUCUCCUAACCAUAGAAACAGCCACAAAUCCUACCACAAGCUUGGUAACCACCACCCCUAAGACCACCUCCCACAGUAUUCCCAGCUUCACUUCUUCAACCAGCUACUCCACAAUCAGGACAACCACGACUGCCAUCUCCUCAGCUUCGCCUACCUCAGGCACCAUGAUGACUUCCACAACCAUGACCCCAUCUUCUCUGAGUACAGACAUCCCUUCGACAACACCAAAAACUAUCACCCACCCUUCUGUGGGCUCUACUGUUUUCCUGACUACAGCAACAGACCUCACAUCAACAUUCACUGUUUCCAGUUCCUCAGCAAUGUCCACAAGUGUCACUCCAUCUUCCCCCAGCAUCCAGAAUACAGAAACCUCAUCCCUUGUCAGCAUGACUUCCGCCACUACUCCCAGUGGGAGACCAACUAUCACAAGUACUGACAGCACUCCAACAAGUUCCCUCCUGACGACCUCCCCAAGUACAUAUUCAUUUUCCUCUUCCAUGUCUGCCAGCAGUGCAGGGACCACUCACACAGAGAUUAUUUCCUCACUUCCAGCCAGCACCAGUACAAUCCACACAACAGCUGAAUCCACCCUGGCACCCACUGCCACCACCUCAUACACCACAUCCACAAUGUUCGAACCACCUUCAACCACUGUAGCAACUACAGGCACAGGUCAGACCACCUUCCCCAGCUCUACAGCCACAUUCCUUGAGACCACCACUGUGACUCCUACAACUGACAUUUCUACAGAAUCUCUCACAACAGCCAUGACUUCUGUUCCCCCCAUCAGUUCUUCAAUUACUUCCAGCAAUACAAUGACUUCUAUGACAACUAUGACCUCUUGGCCCACAGCCACUAAUACGUUAUCAUCACUCACCAGUAGCAUUUUAUCUUCUACACCUGUGCGAAGCACAGAGAUGACCACCAGUCAUACCACAAACACCAGUCCUGUAUCCACCUUGGUGACCACACUCCCCAUUACCAUCACCAGGUCUACACCUACAUCUGAGACUGCCUACCCUAGUUCUCCCACGAGCACUGUCACAGAGUCCACGACUGAAAUCACCUAUCCCACCACUAUAACAGAGACAUCAUCUACUGCUACCUCUCUUCCACCCACCUCUCCCUUGGUCUCAACCCUAGAAACCGCCAAAACUCCUACCACACACUUGGUAACCACCACCCCCAAGACCAACUCACAUAGUACCACCAGCUUCACUUCUUCAACCAUCUACUCCACAGCCAGCACACACACCACUGCCAUCACCUCAGUUCCCACUACCUUGGGUACCAUGGUGACUUCUACAUCCAUGAUCCCAUCUACUCUGAGUACAGGUAUCCCUACCUCACAACCAACAACUAUUACUCCCUCAUCCGUGGGCAUCACUGGUUCAUUACCUAUGAUGACAGACCUCACCUCAGUGUACACAGUCUCCAGCAUGUCUGCAAGGCCAACAACUGUCAUUCCCUCAUCUCCCACUGUCCAGCAUACAGAAACCUCAAUCUUUGUUAGCAUGACGUCUGCCACCACUCCCAGUGGAGGACCAACUUUCACAAGUACUGAGAACACUCCAACAAUGUCCCUCCUGACAAGCUUUCCAAUGACACAUUCAUUCUCUUCUUCUAUGUCCGAAAGUAGUACCUGGACCACUCACACAGAGAGUAUCUCCUCACCUCCAGGCACCACCAGUAUACUCCACACAACAGUCGAAUCCACCCCGUCACCCACUACCCCCACCUCAUUCACCACAUCCACAACGAUGGAACCACCUUCAACAUCUGUAGCAACUACAGGCACAGGUCAGACCACCUUCCCCAGCUCUACAGCCACAUUCCCUGAGACCACUACACUGACUCCUACAACUGACAUUUCUACAGAAUCUCUCACAACAGCCACGACUUUUACUCCUGCUAUCACUUAUUCAGUCACUCUCACCAAUACAGUGACUUCUAUGACAACUACAACUUCUUGGCCCACAGCCACUAAUACGUUAUCACUCACCAGUAGCAUUUUAUAUUCUACACCUGUCUUGAGCACAAAAACAAUCACCAGUCACGCCACCAAAACCGCCCCUCUAUCCACCUUGGUGACCACACUCCCCACUACCAUCACCAGGUCUACACCUAUAUCUGAGACCACCUACCUUACUUCUCCCCCUAGCACAGCCACAGACUCCACGAGCGACAUCACCUACCCCACAAGUAUGACAGGUACAUUGUUCACUGAGACUUCUCUCCCACCCACCUCUUCCUCUCUCCUAACCAUAGAAACAGCCACAAAUCCUACCACAAGCUUGGUAACCACCACCCCUAAGACCACCUCCCACAGUAUUCCCAGCUUCACUUCUUCAACCAGCUACUCCACAAUCAGGACAACCACGACUGCCAUCUCCUCAGCUUCGCCUACCUCAGGCACCAUGAUGACUUCCACAACCAUGACCCCAUCUUCUCUGAGUACAGACAUCCCUUCGACAACACCAGCAACUAUCACCCACUCUUCUGUCGGCUCUACUGAAUCCUUGACUACAACAACAAUCCUCUCCUCAACAUUUGCUGUUUCCAGUACUUCAACAGUGUCCACAAGUGACAUCCCAUCUUCCCCCAACAUCCAGAAUACAGAAACCUCAUCCCUUGUCAGCAUGACCUCCGCCACCACUCCCAGUGACAGACCAACUAUCACAAGUACUGGGGGCACUCAGACAACUUCCCUCCUGACGACCUCCUCAAGUACAUAUUCAUUUUCCUCAUCCAUGUCUGCCAGCAGUGUAGGGACCACUCACACCGAGAGUAUCUCCUCACCUCCAUCCAUCACCAGUACACUCCACACAACAGCUGAAUCCGCCUCAUCACCUACAACCACCACCUCAUUCACAGCAUUUGCAACGAUGGAAACACCUUCAUCUACCGUAGCAACUACAGGCACAGGUCAGACUAUAUUCACCAGUUCAACAGCCACAUCCCCUGAGACCGCCACACUGACUCCUACCCCUGACGUUUCCACAGGAUCUUUCAAAACAGCAGUGAGUUCUACUCCCCUCAUCACUUCUUCAAUCACCUCCACAUAUAUGGUGACUUCUAUGACAACUACCGCCCCUCUGCCCACAGUCACUAAUACGUUACCAUCAUUCACCAGUAGCGUUUCAUCUUCUAUGCCUGUCCCAAGUACAGAAGCGAUUGCCAGUGGUACCACAAACACCACCCCUCUAUCUACCUUGGUGAUCACAUUCUCCAGUCCUGAUACCAGUUCUACACCUACAUCUGAGACCACCUACCCUACUUCUCUUACUAGUGCUCUCACAGAUUCCACGACCAGAACCACCUAUUCCACCAGUAUGACAGGUACAUUGUCCACUGUGACCUCUCUCCGACCCACCUCUUCCUCUCUCCCAACCACAGUUACAGCCACAGUUCCUACCACAAACUUGGUAACCAAGACCACCAAGACCACCUCACACAGUACUCCUAGCUUCACUUCUUCAAUCACCAAUACCAAGACUACCUCACACAGUACUCCCCGAUUCACUUCUUCAAUCACCAAUACCAAGACCAUCUCACACAGUACUCCCAGCUUCACUUCUUCAAUCACGACCACUGAGACCCCCUCACACAGUACUCCCAGCUUCACUUCUUCAAACACCACCAACGAGACCCCCUCACAGAGUACUCCCAGCUUCACUUCGUCAAUCACCACAACAGAGACCACCUCACACAGUACACCCAGCUACACUUCUUUGCUCACCACCACCGAGACUACCUCACACAGUAUUCCCAGCUUCACUUCAUCGAUCACCACCAGUGAGACCACCUCACACAGUACUCCUAGCUUCACUUCUUCAAUCACCAACACUGAGGCCACCUCAUACAGUUCUCCCAGCUUCACUUCUUCAAUCACCACCACCGAGACCACAUCCCACAGCACUCCCAGCUUCACUUCUUCGAAGGCCACUACCGAGACCACCUCACACAGUACUCCCAGCUUCACUUCUUUGAUCACCACCGAGACCACAUCCCACAAUACUCCCAGCCUCACUUCUUCAAUCACCACCACUGAGACCACCUCACACAGUACUCCCAGCUUCACUUCUUUGGUCACCACAAACAAGACCACCUCACACAGUACUCCCAGCUUCACUUCUUCGAUCACCACCAUUGAGACCACAUCCCACAAUACUCCUAGCUUCACUUCUUCAAUCACCACCACCGAGACCACCUCAUACAGUACUCCCAGCUUCACUUCUUCAAUCACCACCACUGAAACCACCUCACACAGUACUCCCAGCUACACUUCUUUGAUCCCCACAACCGAGACCACCUCACACAGUACUCCCAGCUUCACUUCUUUGAUCACCACCACCGAGACCACAUCCUACAGCACUCCCAGCUUCACUUCUUUGAUCACCACCACUGAGACCACCUCAUACAGCAGUCCCAGCUUCACUUCUUCAAUCACCACCAGUGAGACCCCCUUACACAGUACUCCCAGCUCCACUUCUUUAAUCACCACCACCGAGACCACCUCACACAGUACUCCCAGCUUCACUUCUUUGAUCCCCACAAUGGAGACCACCUCACAUAGUACUCCCAGCUUCACUUCCUUGAUCACCACCACCAAGACCACCUCACACAGUACUCCCAGCUUCACCUCUUCAAUCACCACUACUGAGACCACUUCACACAGUACACCCAGCUUCACUUCUUUGAUCCCCACAACGGAGACCACCUCACACAGUACUCCCAGCUUCACUUCCUUGAUCACCACCACCAAGACCACCUCACACAGUACUCCCAGCUUCACUUCUUCGAUCACCACUACCAAGACCACUUCACACAGUAUGCCCAGCUUCACUUCUUUGAUCUCCACAACGGAGACCACCUCACACAGUACUCCCAGCUUCACUUCCUUGAUCACCACCACCAAGACCACCUCACACAGUACUCCCAGCUUCACCUCUUUGAUCACCACCACCGAGACCCCCUCACACAGUACUCCUGGCCUCACUUCAUGGGUCACCACCACCGAGACCACCUCACACAUUACUCCUGGCCUCACUUCUUCAAUCACCACCACUGAGACUACCUCACACAGUACUCCUGACUUCACUUCUUCAAUCACCACCACUGAGACCACCUCACACAGUACUCCCAGCUUCACAUCUUCAACCAUCUACUCCACAGUCAGCGCAUCCACAACUGCCAUCACCUCACCUUUUACUACCUCAGAGACUGGGGUGACUUCCACGCCUGUAACCCCAUCUUCUCUGAGUACAGACAUCCCAACCACAACCCUACGAAUUCUCACCCCUUCAUCUGUGGGCACCAGCACUUCAUUGACUACAACCACAGACCUUCCAUCUAUACCCGCUGAUAUCAGUAGCUUACCAACCCCAACACACAUCAUUUCAUCUUCUCCCUCCGUCCAAAGUACAGAAACCUCAUCCCUUGUGGGCACAACGUCUCCCACCAUGUCCACUGUGAGAGCGACCCUCAGAAGUACUGAGAACACCCUAAUCAGUUCCUUUAGCACAAGUAUUGUUGUUACACCUGAAACCCCAACACAGACCCCUCCUGUACUGAUGUCGGCCACUGGGACCCAAACAUCUCCCGUACCUACUACUGUCACCUUUGGAAGUAUGGAUUCCUCCACGCCCACUCUUCAUACUCUUACUCCAUCAACAGCCUUGAGCACGAUCAUGUCAACAUCACAGGUUCCUAUUCCUAGCACACAUUCCUCCACCCUUCAAACAACUCCUUCUACUCCCUCAUUGCAAACUUCACUCACAUCUACAAGUGAGUUCACUACAGAAUCUUUCACUAGGGGAAGUACAUCUACAAAUGCAAUCUUGACUUCUUUUAGUACCAUCAUCUGGUCCUCAACACCCACUAUCAUCAUGUCCUCUUCUUCGUCUUCUGCCAGCAUAACUCCAGUGUUCUCUACUACCACUCAUUCUGUUCCUUCUUCACCAUACAUUUUCAGUACAGAAAAUGUGGGCUCCUCUUCCAUCACAGCCUUUCCUACUCUCUCUUCCUCUGCAACUACCAGCACUUCUCCUACCAGCUCCUCUCUGACCACAGCUCUCACUGAAAUAACCCCCUUUUCUUAUAUUUCCCUUCCCUCCACCACACCCUGUCCAGGAACUAUAACAAUUACCAUAGUUCCUGCAUCUCCCACUGAUCCGUGUGUUGAAAUGGAUCCCAGCACUGAAGCUCCUUCUCCUCCCACCACCCCAUUAACAGUGUUUCCCUUUACUACCGAAAUGAUCACCUGUCCUAGCUCGAUCAGUAUUCAAACUACCCUUACUACAUAUAUGGACACUUCUUCCAUGACGCCAGAAAGUGAGCCCAGCAUCACACCCAAUGCUUCCAGUUCCACUGGCACUGGGACUGUACCCACAAACACAGUUUUCACAAGUACUCAAAUGCCCACCAGUGAGACCUGGCUGAGCACCAGCUCUGUGAUCCCCCCACCUCUUCCUGGCGUCUCUACCGUCCCGCUCACCACAAAACCAAGCAGCAGCCUCCCGACCAUCCUGAGGACUUCAAGCAAGUCAACACACCCCUCCCCACCAACCACCAGGACUUCAGAGACACCAGUGGCCACUACCCAGACUCCUACCACCCUUACAUCGCGCAGGACAACUCCCAUCACUUCUCAGAUGACCACACAGUCCACGUUGACCACCACUGCAGGCACCUGUGACAAUGGUGGCACCUGGGAACAGGGCCAGUGUGCUUGCCUUCCGGGGUUCUCUGGGGACCGCUGUCAGCUCCAGACCACAUGCCAGAAUGGGGGUCAGUGGGAUGGCCUCAAGUGCCAGUGCCCCAGCACCUUCCAGGGUUCCCGUUGUGAGUUUGCUGUGGAAGAGGUGGAUCUAGCUGUAGUGGAGACCGAGGUGGGCAUGGAAGUGUCUGUGGAUCAGCAGUUCUCGCCAGACCUCAAUGACAACACUUCCCAGGCCUACAGGGAUUUCAACAAGACCUUCUGGGAUCAGAUGCAGAAGAUUUUUGCAGACAUGCAGGGCUUCACCUUCAAGGGUGUGGAAAUCCUGUCCCUGAGGAAUGGCAGCAUCGUGGUGGACUACCUGGUCCUGCUGGAGAUGCCCUUCAGCCCCCAGCUGGAGAGUGAGUAUGAGCAGGUGAAGACUGCGCUGAAGGAGGUGCUGCAGAACGCCAGCCAGGAUGCAAACAGCUGCCAGGACUCCCAGACCCUGUGUUUUAAGCCUGACUCCAUCAAGGUGAACAACAACAGCAAGACAGAGCUGACCUCGGAAGCCAUCUGCCGCCGCGCCGCUCCCACGGGCUAUGAGGAGUUCUACUUCCCCUUGGUGGAGGCCACCCGGCUCCGCUGUGUCACCAAAUGCACGUUGGGCGUGGACAACGCCAUCGACUGUCACCAGGGCCAGUGCGUUCUGGAGAGGAGCGGUCCCGCGUGUCGCUGCUACUCCACCGACACGCACUGGUUCUCUGGCCCGCGCUGCGAGGUGGCCGUCCACUGGAGGGCGCUGGUCGGGGGCCUGACGGCGGGCGCCGCGCUGCUGCUGCUGCUGCUGCUGCUGGCGCUGGGCGUCUGGGCGGUGCGCUCCGGAUGGUGGGGCGGCCUGCGCCGAGGCCGGUCCUGGGACCAGGACAUGAAAUGGUUCGAGACCUGGGAUGAGGAAGUCGUGGGCACUUUUUCAAACUGGAGUUUCCAGGACGAAGGAACAGACAAGCAUAAAAAUUUCCAUGUGGCCUUGGAGAACGUGGACACCACUGUGAAGGUGCACAUCAAGAGACCCGAGAUGACCUCGUCCUCAGUGUGAGCCCUGCAGCGCCCCUUCACCACCCGCUCCGCCCUGCUCCGGACACAAGGGUCUGCAUUGCGUGCAUUUCAAGAGGUGGCCCCAGGACGCGGGCAGCCCAGGCUCCUGCUGUUCUUGGGCAAGAUGAGACUGUUCCCCCAAAUCUCAUCCUUCUCUUUCCAACUUGGCUGAAACCCACCUGGAGAUGCAGUUCAUGUCCAGGCUCUUCCACUGUGGAACCUUGGGCAAGUCAGUAACGAGCCUGUUUCCUCACCUGCAAAACGGGUACAACAUUCCUGUAUGAUAUCUCACGCCGUUGUUGUGAAAGCCACAUAGACUUCGUCAAUUCUCGGUCCUACUCUGCCCUCCCGUCUCAGCCCUCAUGUUGCCAUUGCCUCUCUGGGAUCCUCCAAUUCUCCUGUCCUUCACCUGGUCUCUGGCCCUGGUUCCUAUUUUCUCUCAAUUCCCUACUGCCUGUUUCUUACCUUGAACCUGGAGGCAGCCUGCAGCCCCAUCCCAUCUCCUGCCCUCUCCUGAUCUAACUCCCUGCUGCGUCUCUUGCGCCCAUUCCUUAGAUGUCCUCCCCUUCUGACCCCAUUCCUUCAUCCAUCCUGCCCCCCAGUCCCCCAGCCCUAAAUCCUCCCUCCUCUCCUCACAUCCCGGUCCCUAGCAAGGUAUAGAUAGCCUCUGUGUCUUAGGAUACCCCAGCUGCUGUUCCCCCCAUCACCCUGUUGCCCAAUUCCCCAUUUCUCUUGCUCUCAUUCCUUGUAUCCUCUCCCCUUCUGAGCCUGUCCAUUCAUCAGUUCUGCCCCCGACUCCCCCUGACCUAAAUACCCCAGCUGCUGUUCCCCCCAUCACCCUGCUGCCCAAUUCUUUAUUCUCCACCCCUUUCUCUCACCCCUGGAGCCCCGUGGGUGGGGGCAGGCCAUGAGUUCCCCAGUCCCCAAGGAAAGGCAGCCCCCUCAGUCUCCCUCCUCCUCAUUCCCUUCGAUCUCCCUCCCCUCUCACCUCACCACUGCCUUUUAAACCCAUCCCCUCCGUUUCCCCUCCUCCCCACUCUCUGCCUGGUGUCACCUGGAUUCCUGUGGUAACUCUGAGCCCUUGAAAUCCUCAGUCUCCUGGGCCGGGAAGAUUGGCUUUGGGGACAGGAAGUCGGCACAUCUCCAGGUCUCCAUGUGAACACAGUAUAGAGUUUAUUGUAAAAAGCA